UAAAGUCUUUAUAAGAAGAAACGCAAAGUAUUCAAGUCCCAAUAAACCACAAUAUGGAGAGCUGGGUGACAGUCAGACUCCUGCUUACUGUGGGUGCCAUAUUCAACUCUCUGUCUCUGGUGCAAAACAUAUCCAUCCCGGACAAAGAAUUAACCCAAAAGGCUGCAGAUCUCUACAAUGAGCAAGAGAAUGUCGCUUAUAUAUUCAGACCAGCAGAGAAUCACCCUGAGAGAGACCUGUAUUUGGAGGAGAAUCCCCCGCUGGUGAGAUUCAUUAUCAAGGAGACUGAGUGCCUCAGGGCAGAGACCAACACCGAUGCUGAUUGUUCUUUUAAACCGGAUGGUGAGACCAAGCUUUGUACAGCCUUCAUUUCUGAUCAAACUCCAGUAGAAGUGACCUGUAACCCCCUGCCUUCAGAACCCCAAGUUAACUCAAAGUAUUCCCGCACUAAAAGGUCCACAAAAACAAAGAAAUGUAAAACCAGUGGCUGCCGAUUUACUGGAGCUGGAAGCGCAAUAGCUGGUGUAAAGCCUCUUCGCUCAAUUGGCUAAUUACUAAAGGGAUAGGCUCUCCCCCAAUGAAAGCUUUCUUCUCCAUGCACUUCCCAUUAAUGUUGGGCUGUUUUCUGCUAAUAAAUAUAUCCAGUCAUCAUA